GGGGACGCGCACGACGAGGUCGGGGACGCGCCGCGCCGAACGUCACGUGGUGCGGGCAGCAGGCUACUAGAGGCUGGAGCGGCCAUUUUGAGCGAUAGACGCUUCUGGAAGUUACAAACUAUGGGAGACCAGGGAGAACCUCAAGUCCAAUUCAAGCUUGUACUUGUUGGAGAUGGUGGUACCGGUAAAACUACUUUUGUGAAGCGCCAUUUGACUGGUGAAUUUGAAAAGAAGUAUGUAGCUACUUUGGGUGUUGAAGUUCACCCUCUGGUGUUCCAUACUAACAGAGGUGCCAUCAGAUUUAAUGUGUGGGACACUGCUGGUCAAGAGAAAUUUGGUGGUCUCCGUGAUGGCUACUAUAUUCAAGCUCAAUGUGCCAUUAUCAUGUUUGAUGUAACUUCGCGGGUGACAUACAAGAAUGUGCCUAACUGGCAUAGGGACUUGGUGCGAGUGUGUGAGAACAUCCCCAUCGUCUUGUGCGGCAACAAAGUUGACAUUAAAGACAGAAAAGUGAAGGCCAAAUCUAUCAUCUUCCACAGGAAGAAAAACCUUCAGUACUAUGAUAUGAUAUACAAUAUGGAGAGCGUGCAAAGCAAAGCUGUACACGACAGCUCGCUCGCCUCUACCUUUGACUCCAUCAUUCCCCCUGGUCAACAGACGCUGACAACACAGGAGGCAGUCCUCCAGCAACUGGGACCUUUGGCUCUACCUUGCAUCUUGCCCGCCUGCCGGCCUUUGCCCAACCACAGCUGA